GUUCCACUUUUAUUUUAAAAAUUUAUCAUCCGGUCUAAUUAGUUGAAGGCCAAAACAGAAGAUGAUGAUGCUCUCUCCUCCUCCUCCCUUCUAUCCUCGUUCUUUGAGUUUGUCUUUCCGACCAAACCCACACAACCACCGUCUUCAUGUACUCACACAACCAGACUCCGGGUGUUCGCCGUUCAUGCCCAACCAUGUGGCAGUGAUAAUGGAUGGAAACAGGAGAUGGGCUCGCUCCCGCGGGUUGAUGCCUGAAGCCGGUUACUUGGCCGGUUCUCGCUCAUUGAAGCUGUUUGUGAACCUCUGUUGUAACUGGGGAAUCCGAAUUGUUACCGUCUUCGCAUUCUCAUCCGAUAACUGGUUAAGACCCAAGGCUGAAGUUGAUUUCUUAAUGAGGCUGCUUGAAAGUGCUCUAAAAGAUGAAAUUGCCUAUAUGUUGAGGGAAGAUAUCAAACUUUCUGUCAUCGGUGACUCGUCUAAGGUUCCAAAAUCCUUAAAAGAAUUCAUUACAUACGCUGAAACCACAACGGAGAACAAUUCGCGGCUCAAUCUUGUUAUAGCCAUUAAUUAUAGCGGAAAGAAUGAUAUCGUCCAAGCCUGUCAAAGCAUCGCUCGAAAAGUCAAAGAUGGUCUCGUUGACCCUGAAGAAAUCAACGAGUUUAUGAUUGAAAAUGAACUUGGUACACACCCUGACCACCCUCACCCUGAUCUUCUUAUUCGGACCAGCGGUGAGGUUAGGGUCAGUAACUUCUUUCUAUGGCAAUUGGCGUAUACUGAAUUAUAUUUCACGGAAUCGCUUUGGCCGGAUUUUGGAGAAGACGAAUUUUUACAUGCUUUGCGGGCCUUUCAACACAGACUAAGACGAUAUGGUAGAUGACAAGAGACUUGUAUAUCUUUCACUCAUAAUUGUCACUGGUUAAAUUGUCAGUAUAGAUCAUUAUCGACGAGUAAGUCAUAGUUUAAUAGGUGAAUUGUAUUUGAUCUCAAACUACUCAAUUUGAAACAGAGCAUCAAGAGAAUAACUGGCACAAAAGAAUAAAAAGAGGAAUAAUAAAUUUGAUCU